GGGGAGUCCAGACGGGCCAUGGAGGCAGGGGACUGCCGCUACCAGUUUCGGAUCGCCCUGCUGGGGGACGCGGCUGUGGGCAAGACGUCGUUGCUGCGGCGGUACGUGGAGGGCGGGCCCGGGACGCCGGAGCCGGAGCCGGAGCCAGAGUCAGCGCCCACGGUGGGCGUCGAGUUCUACAGUCGCGCGCUGCAACUACGCGCGGGUCCGCGUGUCAAGCUGCAGCUCUGGGACACCGCGGGCCAGGAGCGCUUCAGGUGCCUGGUGGGGCAGGGUGCGGAGGGUGUGAGCUGGACCAGGAAGGGACGAAAAUGUGAGGGACCUCGGGUUCUGGGAUCAACACAGGUCCACAGGGCUAUGGGAAUCAUCCUGAAGGGCCAGCCUCAAUGGCCAAAGUAGAGGUGUGGGUGACCCUGCCCUGGCUGUCGGAUCAUCCACUCUUAAGCCAUUCAACCUACAAACACAGCUGGUGGGCUAAGCCCCUGGGCCAGAUGCUUGAGUCCUGGCGUCUCCCUAGGGGAACAUUCAGGCCUUAGGAGUAGGGGGAAGAGACCUCUGACGUUGAAAGGGGAGGACUGAAUGAUGUGGAUGCUGAGAGAGCCCACAGAGAGGGAGGUGUCAAGAAGAUGGGAAAGGAGAGCUUUGUGUUGGCCCAGAAGAAUCCGUAGGAGUUUGCCAGGCAGAGAAUGGGGAUGCAGACCUGCAAUGGGGUAAUCAGCAGGCCUCCUCCAGGAAUGGAGGAAUGGUCAGGAGAGUAUGUGAAUCAAACUUGCUCCCUGACUGGGGAGCAUGCAGUCUCUUGGGAGAGACACAGACUCCAGGAAGACUGAAGCACAGGGCAGAGUGAAAUGGGGAUGAGGGGUGAGGCAGUCAGUGGAUGGAGGGAAGGUCCUGCCCCUGGGGAGUGUUCUGAAGGCAUAAGCUUCUCCCAACUUACUCCCCAACCCCAUCAGGUGCAUCACCAGGUCUUUUUACCGGAACGUGGUGGGUGUACUGCUGGUCU